GGGGGGGGGGGGGGAGGGUGCCCAGAAAGGGCUAUGGUACAGAGGAAGGGGGGCAGGCGCAGGGGCCGGAGCAAAGGGGGAAGGGCGCAUGCGAGGGGGGCAAGGCGAUGGCGUGAGGAACACCCCCGCCUGCUCAUGCCUGCACGCGCCCAGCGACAGACAUAGAUGCAUCUUCAGUCCAUCAUGGCGCGGAUGUCCACCGGCUGCACCCGGGAGGGGGUCAUGGCCUCGAAGCCGGAGCCGGCCAGCGGGUCGGCCGAGGCACUGGCAUCGGUGCUUCGGGAGAAGAGGGCAUCGAGCACGGCAUUGUCCUGGUCCUGCACUCGGCGAUUGAUGGCCGGGGAAUUGGCCCACGCGGCGACCGGGAUGUGGUUGGCCCGCGCGUCCGGGAAGCUGUCAAUGUCCAGGGAAUUGGCCUCGGACACGGAGGCCAGCAGGUCCACAGCCGGCCCGGCCGACCGACCGAGGAACUGCAGACGGCCACCACCCUGCCGGGGGGCGGCGCCAGCGGCGACAGGCCCCGGCCGGGCUCCGGACGUGUCCAGAUCCUCCAGCGAAAGGGGCGCCCCGGGCCCGGCGCUGUGGGCCCCCCCCGCGGCGAAGGAGCGCUCCUUGGCCGCAAGACGGGCCAUCUGCGCAGAUGGGGCCGCGGCCUCGGCGGCGCCGGUCGAUGCCGAGAAGGACUGCUCCCAAUCGCUCAGCUCAAUGUCGACGGCUGCCUGCUGCUGGGCCAGGAGCCGCUGCUGCUGGUGGUGGAGUUGCUGCUGCUGCUGAAGCUGGAACUUGCUGAUGUCCACCGGCCGCGGGGGGACAUACCAGGCGCUGCCCUUGAUCCGGUCUACGCGCGUGGUGGCCAGGCGGUCAUGCUGUUCCAGCAGCUGGCGCUGGCGCUCGAAGAGGGCAUUAAUGCGCGUCACCUGGCCAUCACCCGGGCCCGGGGGGGCGCCGGGGUCGGCGCCGGUGGCCCGUGGCGGCCGCGUCCCGGCGGAUGCCUCGGCCGCCGCCUCAAACUGGGCCACGCGAUGCUUGAUCGAUCCAACCUUGGGCCGGAGGUGGCUGGCUGCGGCUGCCUCGGCAUUCUGCCGGAGGAGGGCGUCAUUUCUCUCGGCCAGGCGCUGCAGGGUGGCCUGAGGCUGGGGCUGAAGUUGGGAUUGAGCCGGGCCCGGGGCCGGAGCUUGAGACUGGGCCGGGAGCUUGGCCGGCUCAGUGGCCAGUUCGACAUGCUGCUGAAGCAGAGCCUGGUUUCGCUGGGCCAGGCGCUGCAACACAGCUGACCCGGUGGCCGAGCCUGCGUCAGGCGCCGGGGCAGGCUUCGAGGCCUGGCCAUUGUCCACCUCGGCAUGGUCCCGGGACGGAGGGUGGCUUCGCGCGGCCGGGGGCUGGAGGGCAGCCCGGGCAGCCUGGGCAGAUUGGACAGGUGGCGACUGUUGCACCGGCGGCUGGGAGGUGGCCGCGAUCUGGGCGUGCUGCUGGAGGAGCGCCUCAUUCCGCUGGGCCAGGCGCUGCAAGGCGCUGGAGGUCGAUUCCGGCUGACACACGGAUUCCGCCAAGAGUGCGGUCUUGGUGUCUUCGGCGUCGGCCACGGCCAGCAUCACCUCAUGGUAGGCCGGCGGCGGCGCGGCCGAAGAGGCCCGAGCAUGGAAGUCGAUUGCCAGGGAUGAGCCCUGUGUGACCACGGGCGCCGAGUCGACAGCAGGUCCAGGGGCAUGCACGGGGGCGGACGCGAUCGCCACGGACGAGGGGUGGGCCAGCUGCAGAGCGGCAGCAAUCUGCCGUGCCCGGCCAGUCGAGGCGUAGUGUCGCCGCUUGGAGCACCCAAGCAGGGUGCUAUGGCUCUGCCGUGCAGGGUGGGCGUACAGCGACAAGGCCGUCCGCCGCCAGUUCGAGGGUGGGGGAGUCACCGGCGGCAUUGGGGAAGGGGGGCAGGGGGAGGGGGAGAGAGAGGAGCAGGCUGUGCGUUCCUUUCUCUAUCGCUCUCUCGCUAACUGGGAUGUACGAAGAGGGGCCGCGCAGGAGGCGCGAGAGGAAUGCGUAGAGAAGUAGGGAGAA